AUGAAGCCACUUCGCCUAGCUCUCCGACGAUCGCCGGACACGACGCCGGCUGUACCAGCGCUGGUCAAUGCGCGCGACCUGGUCGCCUGCCUCGUCACCGCCGACCUCUACCUCGGCUUCGUCAGCUACAACCUCCAGCUAGCCCUCGCCGAGCUUGCCCUCUCUGUCGUCACCUUCCUAGGGAUUCAUCUCGGCUUUCCCUCUCCGCCACCUCCUCCUCUCGCCGGCGCUGACACCAUUGAGGAAGAUCGCCGCUGCCUCCUCUCAUGGCCGUUGCCGCCGAGUCCAGCAGCUACCGCCGAGUCCAGCGGCCACCGCCGGGUCCACCGGCCAAUGCUGCCCUCUGAUGUCACAUCCAUGCUGCACCGACCCCAGAGCCGGCUCCUCAGCUGCCUCAUAUUCGUCUACUCUUCAGGGUCGGGACGACUCGAUCCGCAUCGCGACCAGCUCAUCGACCCAUCCGAGGGCGCCCCCCACAGACCAGGGACCGGGGUAACCCGGUCGUUGGAUACAGGUACUAUUGACCAGAGGACUUUGGGCGGCUUGGUCAACGCAGAAGACAGCUCGCCACCGGGUCAUGGGGAUGCGGGAUCACUGUUCACAAGAGGAGAGGAGGUUGGUUCGUGCUUGUUUCCGCCGCCAAGGGCUUUCUCCCUCUCAUACUCUUCGCCGGCGUCGAUGAAGCCGCCGAUGCUCCCCUCCUCCCUCUUCUGCUCCCCUUUCUCGCUGCCACUCUUCUUCUUACCUGUCACGCCACCGCUGGCCACUCCGCCUAGCCCUCCAACGAUCGCCGGGCACGACGCCGGUUGUACCAGCGCUGGUCAAUGCGGAUUCUCCUCGGUUUUCCCUAUCUACCACCUCCUCCUCACACCGGCGCUGACGCCACUGAGGAAGAUCGCCGCUGCCUCCGGCGGGCGCCACCGUCAGCAGCCGCCGCUACCUCCUCUCAUGGUCGUCGUCGCCGCCUCUAGCAGUUGCCGCCGAGUCCAGCAGCUGCCGCCGAGUCCAGCGGCCGCCGCCGGGUCCACCGGCCAAUGCUGCCCUCCGAUGUCACAUCCAGCGACAGCCACCAGCCACCCCCCGGUCGCCUUCGAGUGA